GCUCCCUGUCCUAUAUAGCCUCACUUAAAUACACGACAAGCAGAGCUAUUACCCACUCGUUCACUUCAUCGAAUACAUACAACUUCUCAACCGUUCCAAACCGUAGAAUCCAACCUACACAAUGACUGUCUCGAUCGACUCAUCCAUUGAGACUCCCCCACGAGCACCGACGCCACUACAUGGUUUUGGAACGCUCGCUGUCCACGCCGGGUCGCCACACGACCCCACCACUGGCGCCGUCAUCGAGCCCAUCUCCCUUUCCACAACGUUUGAGCAGACCGCUGUUGGCAAGCCCGUAGGUAUAUAUGAAUACUCGAGAAGCGCGAAUCCAAACCGAGACAAUUUCGAAAAGGCCGUCGCCGCACUGGAGCACGCCAAAUAUGCUGUUGCAUUUGGAAGUGGUAGUGCUGCUACAGCCACCAUUCUCCAAAGCUUAGCAUCCGGGUCACAUGUGAUCAGCGUCAGCGAUGUUUACGGUGGAACGCACAGAUACUUCACCCGCGUUGCAAAGGCGCAUGGUGUUACAGUCACAUUUACCCCGCAGAUCGAGGUCGACAUUGCAGAGCAUAUCAGGGACGACACGAAGCUGAUUUGGAUCGAGUCGCCUAGCAAUCCUACGCUAAGGCUUGUCGAUAUCCGAGCCGUGGCCAGUGUCGCACACGCCCGGGGCGUCGCCGUCGUUGUUGACAACACAUUCCUGAGCCCAUACGUCCAAAACCCACUAGACCACGGCGCCGAUAUCGUCGUGCACAGUGUCACCAAGUACAUCAACGGCCACAGCGAUGUGGUUAUGGGAGUAGCCGCGUGCAACUCGGAAGAUAUGCGGGACAGACUAGCCUUCUUGUUAAACGCUGGUGGCGCCGUACCUUCGCCAUUUGAUUCAUGGUUAGCCCAUAGAGGGCUCAAGACACUUCAUCUCCGUGCCCGCCAAUCCUCCACAAAUGCGCUGGCUGUCGCUCAGGCUCUGGAAGCAAGCCCUCAUGUGAUUGCCGUUAAUUACCCUGGCUUGGAUUCUCACCCUCACCGCGCAAUUGCACUACGGCAGCACCGGGACGGAAUGGGUGGAGGAAUGCUUUCCUUCCGCAUAAAGGGCGGUCGGGUCGCAGCCGAGCGCUUUUGCCAACUCACCAAGAUCUACACCCUUGCCGAGAGCUUAGGUGGUAUCGAAAGUCUGGUUGAGGUUCCAAGCGCCAUGACCCACGCCGGCAUACCAAAGGAGCAACGAGAGGCUGUCGGCGUGUUUGACGAUCUCGUCCGUAUUAGCAAUGGCAUCGAGGAACCUGAGGAUCUGGUCCAUGACAUACAGCAAGCACUAGAAAGAGCAGUCCUAUCGGCUGCGAACGGUACAAAUGGGACAAACGGCGUUAAUGGAAAAUAGACACUUUAUAUAGAUGGCACCAAGGUGAAUGAAAUCAUGACGAGGAUUUCUGGACUUGCAUUCGGGACUUGUUUAGACUAUGCUUGCAACGACUACUUAUCAGCGACACUGGAUUUAGAAUUCGUCUUGGGAAACGGCGUAAUAAGGUCUUAAUAUUUGCGAACCAUAUUUAGCUAUUCCACGAGAAACGUGGUUGUUAAGCGCUAUUUAAACGAAUGUUUAUGAUCUUUUGUGAUGUUCUAAGCGUGGCCUGGACUAGCUAGAGAGAUUACCACUUGCUUCUCCUGCUGGUCGAAAUAGCGCGCAUGGGAUGUGAGGUGUGCGACCCUCAAUCAAAGGGAAAAUGGCACAAUAUAUAAAAAGCCAGAGCAAAUGGUCGGCCAUUUGCGUAAUACAGUGCUCUUUUUGUAGAAGCGGAUUACACACGGCUGUCCACCUAAUCACGCAAUGCCCGACAUCGUAUCCGAUAAAGAUUCAGGUUAGCCUUGCUGCUUAAAAAGGGCAAAUUAGCUCCGCAUGCAAGAGUAAUUGACUGUGAGCACCUCGAAAAAUCGUCUUCAGCACACUCAGAUGGUUGGUAUAGCUCUCAUUCACGUGUUCAGUGUGGGCAAUUAAGGUGCGGAUGAACAUGAUUGGCCGCCGUCGUGGUAUUUACACUUUCCGCCUCAA